CGUUAUCAGUUAAGCUAUCUACGCGCAUAUUUUACUGCAUAACAUUCAAUUGAGUGCGGUAUGAUGUCAGUCAGUUAAAAUAUUUUGAGGCAGUCAAGUGCGUUGUGGACUUGUAUUCAGAAAAAAAGUUAAAAAAAAGCUGGACCUUAGAGUGGGUGCAGUUCACAUUCAGCGAUGGACAACUUGGGAUACAAAGAGGGAUUUGCAAAACCGAAAAAGUCAAAACCGGUGCGAAGAAAUAGUAAAAUAAGCGGGGAAGAUGUGCCCCUGUUCACCGUCAAUCAAAAGUAUAAACAGAAUGCCAAUGCAAAACUAAAGCUUCGUAUUGCUGAUGAUCCCGAGCUGGCCAUAGAUGACGACGUUGGCUAUAUGGAAUGUGGACCGUCACCGCCGGCCGAAAAUAUUCCCACCAAUCUGUACGACAAGUUCGAAGAGUCUAUCGCCGAGCUGACCGUUCAAGUGUGUGAAGACAGUAUUCGCAACAGUCUGGUGGAUCAACUGAGAGCCAGAUCGGGAAAUGUGAUUUUGUUCGAACGAUUACAAUGGGGCGACGUUACACCGGAAAAUGCGACCACCAUUCUAUCGAAAAUAUCGGGAUUUGAGGUGAACAUUUCGUUUUUGUGGUGUUGCUUUGUGAAACGACAUGAUAUGCUUGAUUAUUUUCUGUCGAUUGGGGCCGAUUUAUAUUUUACUGACGUCAAUGGAAUAUCGGCUUUGCAUCUUGCUGCCUUCAGCGGUUGUGCAGAGUCCGUCAAUUUUUUGCUAUCGCAAAAGUUCGACAUAAAUUUCCAGCCUAGAACGUACACACCGCUACAUUUUGCUGCGUUCGGAAACUCGAGAGAGGUUGCCAAACUUCUGAUCGACAAUGGAGCGUCGAUUUUCAUUUCGACGAACAAAUUGGUCUGCAACGAAUCCCUACUACACUUGGCGGUUCGGGCCAAUGCCAUUGAGUGUAUCGAACUGUUCGUUAAGGAAGGUGCUGAUGUGAAUUCGCUAAAGCCAAGCGGAACGAAUCCGAUUCAUUUGGCAGCCGAUUUGGGUUUAAGUAAAAGUUUGAAGGCAUUGCUGGACGCACCGACUGCUAAUCCUAACGUACGAAUUUGCUUCAGGGAACAGGAAUCAACAGCCCUUCAUCUAGCGGCAGACGAGGGCAACGUUGAAUGCGUAAAUUUGCUGUUGGCUAAAGGGGCUGAUGUAAAAAUCAAAAAUCACCGAGGAUUUACUCCGUUGCAUCUGGCGGCAAGAACGUCCAGCCUUGCAUGUGUUGAAGCACUUUUAUCUAACGGACACGCAAACCCAAAUGCUGAAGAUUUCGACAAACGAACUCCGCUUCAUGCUGCAAUCGGAACGUCGGAUACUUCCGUCGAUAUCAUCGAAAAUCUCGUCAUGUGGGGUGCUGAUGUCAAUCAGAAAGAUGUGUUCGGCUUCAGUGCAUUGCAUUUGGCUGCGUUGGAGGGAUUUACUCAAUGUGUCGAUGUGCUCAUAUUUUACGGUGCCGAUGUCACAACAAGAUCUCGCAAAGGUACGAGUGCUUUGAGCGCAAUAACUCGCAAAACUCCCGAUUCGUUAGCUUUGAUCAAACAUAACUUUGACAAUGCAAUCACUCUGCACGAGUCUGCAGACCCGUUAAACAGAGACAUUGAGCUGGAAUUAGACUUUCGACAUCUGUCCCAGAACUGUCAUCCGAAAGAAAUCAGUUUUUUACACACAUUCAUAGAAGAAGGCCAAAAGGAAUUUCUGGAACAUCCGCUCUGCACAGCAUUUUUGUACAUUAAGUGGAAGAAAGUGAGGAAGUUCUUCAUUGCUAGAAUGCUAUUUUGUCUCAUUACUGUGAUGUUCCUGUCAUUGUAUGUGCUGACAGCGCUAGCUCACAGUUGCUACAACGGUAGUAGAGACCUCAAUGAGACGAUUAAAGAUCAAGAACUGUGCCAGAAACAAUCAAUUUUCGGUGACUUGCUGCGAAAUAAUCCGUUCGUCAUCGAGAUGCAGUGGUGGGUGCUGGUCAUCAUAAUCAUGUUUGAGAUUGCCAGGAAGUUGUACGGUCUAACCGGCUAUGAAUCGUUCAAGCACUACGUAACUCAAAUUGAAAAUCUUAUUGAAUGGUUUGUGAUUGUCAGCGUGUUCUUGACAUCGUACAUCUACAACAAACGUAUUGAUUACUGGCAGAAUCACGUUGCUGCCUUUGCUGUUUUAUUGGGAUGGACGAACUUAAUGCUAAUGGUGGGUCAACUGCCAGACUUUGGAGUGUACGUGGCAAUGUACACAAAAGUUCAGGUCGAAUUCGGCAAACUGUUCAUGGCCUACUCGGGAAUAUUGAUCGGUUUCAGCAUCAGCUUCUGCGUCAUUAUUCCCGACUCACCGAUUUUCUCCAAUCCUCUAAUGGCUUUCAUAUCGGUGCUGGUAAUGAUGACCGGCGAAGAAGACUUGAUAAUAGUAACCAACGAUCCGAACCGACCCGAUCCACCGCUUCUAAACGAAAUCAGCGGUCAAAUCAUCUACAUCUUGUUCAUCAUAUUCGUCACCGUAAUUCUGAUGAAUCUUUUGGAGGGCAUAGCUGUGAACGAUAUCGAAGAACUAAAGAAAACGGCCGAACUGUCCCGGCUGGUUCGACAAACCGAACUCAUUCAUUACAUCGAAUCGGCGCUGUUUAAACGAUACCUUCCGUCAUGGUUGAGCAAUAUAAUCAACAAACAUGCAUUGGUGUCGCCGCAAUCAUAUCGGGCCGUGCUGAGUGUGAAACCGUUGAAUAAGGACGAGACACGACUGCCGAAAGAUAUUCUGAUGCAGGCGUACGAUUUGGCAAAUGAACGAAAGAAUAACGAGACCGGUGGUGGUAAAAAAUUAAGUGAUUUAGAGAAUGGACUCGAUGCAGCCAAUCUGUGUAAUUUAAGGGCAAAGAUUGACGAUCAUUCGCAGAAAAUCGAUGAGCUUCAUAACGAAAUCGAAGCGUUGAAAAACGAUGAAAAUCGGCAGAGAAUUUUGAACCAGGUGAUGGAGUACUUAAAGAGUCAACAGUAUGAAGAGUGAUUUUAAAGGCGAAAAUGCAUUUCGCACACUAACUUCAGUGCUGUCAGUACAUUUGAAUCAUUAAUACCUCGAAAAAUAAACUUUGUAUUAAGUCAACUGUGUGUUUAACUUCCAUGGGGGCUAUUGUGGGGUCGGUCAUACAUUUCACUUCAUAAAAAUGAGUUUCUCCCGUGUUAUCAAAGUGCUGAAACGGCUGUCAACACUGAAAAACCUUGAGAAAACACUAUUUUCUUCAGAAUGUGUGAAUAGCGAAGAAGAGACUAUUCGCACAUUGUGUGAAUAGCCUCUUUAUAAUACUUUGGCUACUCGCACCAUGUACGAAUAGCGCUCACCUUAUAAAAAUUGUGUGAGGUUGUGGUGGAAGAAGUGCUGCAUUACUUUGUGAUGUUCUUCAAUAUCAAUAGCGAAAAGAUUUUGUCAUUUUAAAUAAAUUUAUAAGAUAAAGGCCACGCCAUACAUUUGUAACGACAAUAAAGCAACAAAAUUUUUUUGUAUUUUUUAUCUUGUUGCAGAUAAAUUACAAGAUCGAGUAAUCCAUCCUUUCUUUUAUCUACUGCAGGUCCAAUUUAAAAAAAAAGAAAAAAAUGUUGAACGAAAUUGUAAACCUUUUCCGUUCUCCGACCACUUUGUAACUCUUGGAUAUGGUGGUGUUUCAAAUCCACCGUUAGUCUAUUCAGUGCAAAGAAAGGGUGUGCGUUGGUGUUGCUGAUUUUUGUAACAUGAUAAAUUAACUCUGAGAGGAGGCGUAUGGCAAAUUUAUGGGUGGAUUUUUUGCUGCUUACGAUUUUUCUUCGAAAAACCACAAUUUCUAUCGAUAGUCUCUUCCAUGUAUAGCAUACACAUCCAACAAACGGGAACAAAUAAUAAAUUAAAAUAAAUAUUUCAGCCGAGAGUUUUAUACUGCUAGAAGAAAUGAUUUCGCUUUAAAUAACGCUUCGACAUAAUUGUACGAAAACAAAGACAAAGUAAUUUUUCUUCGAUUCAUUUCAAUUGGACUGGGUACUCAUAGGAAAUACAAUAUAAAACAUGUAACGAUCGGAUGUUGACAAACAACACACCACUGUGCUCGGGGUUUUCUUUGAUAAAUUGAAAUGAGAAAAAUGAUGCCAGAUGUGACCUUCUAUUUAUUUCAUACAUAACAUGCCCUACAUGCACAACGAGAAGUAGAAAUCUAGACAGCGAACGUUUUAUACGUAUUCAUGAAAUAUAAUAAAUUGAAGGCUGUGUGGAAGGGUUGAUAAUAAUUUCGUUCAUUGUGUAAAUAUUUGGCACACAAUUUCGAAAAACAGUCGGUGGCAGUGUGAACAAGCAGAACGUGCGCCAGUGUUUGCAUUCAAACACGAAGAAAUAACAAGAAAAAUUGCAGUAAUUUGUACUUGAUGUCUCAAUGGACCGUAACAACCGAAUUGACUUGGAU